CCAGUGUUAGUGUAGCUACAUGCCCCGGUUGUGUGGUCAGCUCGUGACACUUUCAUAUGGCUUAAACGUUAAUGGCAACACUAACAACGCCUUUAACGGUUGUUUCUCAACGGAUUCUUUUAGUGUGUGAGUGUGUGUGUGCGCGCGUGCGUGCACGCGCUCUCGCUCUCCCUCUCUCCAUCGCACGUCACCUGCUACAACCGCCACACACGCGCUCCCUCACGCUCACACACCGCCAUCCUGCGUGGGACACACAUCUGGUUAGCUGGCAAGCGAGCUAACCGUCGCUGCUUCUCAGUAACCGGCGGUGUUAUCGUUGUGUUGACGUUGUGUAUUUUUUCCCCCCCGUAUUGUUAUGCAGACAAGUGAUUACCGUUGAAGUAACGGAUUAUCUGCGUCUCUCCUCGGCUGACCGGGAGCCGCCAUGGAGUGCCGUGUUCUGUCCAUACAGAGCCAUGUAGUCCGGGGAUACGUCGGCAACAAGAGCGCCUCUUUCCCAUUACAGGUUUUAGGGUUCGAGGUGGACUCCAUCAACUCUGUCCAGUUCUCCAACCAUACAGGUUAUUCCCACUGGAAGGGCCAGGUGUUGACAGCAGAUGAGCUCCAUGUUCUUUAUGAGGGAAUCAAACUGAACAACGUACACCAGUAUGACUAUGUUUUAACAGGGUAUACCAGAGACACUUCCUUCUUGGAGAUGGUGGUGGACAUUGUUCAGGAGCUAAAGAGAGCCAACCCCAAUCUGGUGUAUGUGUGUGACCCCGUCCUCGGUGAUCAUGGAUCUAUGUACGUUCCUCAGAAUCUUUAUCCGGUCUAUAAGAACAAGGUGGUUCCUGUUGCUGACAUUAUUACUCCCAACCAGUUCGAGGCCGAAUUGUUGACAGGGAAAAACAUCAGCACAGAGAAAGACGCUGUAGAGGUGAUGGACCUUCUUCAUGCUAUGGGCCCAGACACAGUGGUCAUCACCUCCUCUGAUCUGCCCUCCAGACUGGGAGAUCGCUUCCUCGUGUCGUUGGGCAGCCAGCGUCAUGUUCGUCCAGACGGCAGCAGGACGACACAGAGAGUUCGAAUAGAAGUGCCCAAAGUGGACGCUGUCUUCGUAGGAACCGGAGAUUUGUUUGCUGCUAUGCUGCUAGCGUGGACACACCACUACCCCAAUGACCUAAAGACGGCCUGUGAGAAGACAUUCUCGGUGAUGCACCACGUUAUCCAGAGGACCAUAUCUUACGCUCAUGAGUUAGCAGGUCCUGGUCGGAGGCCCAGUCCGCCCCAGCUGGAGCUGAGGAUGGUUCAAAGUAAAGCUGACAUAGAAGACCCUGCUAUAGUUACGGAGGCCACAGUCAUAUCCUAACAUUACCGACCCCAUAAGACUCAUACUAACCUUGUCCUCCUCACCCAUAAAUCUCUCAAAUCCUGUAUCUCAGUAAAUCUCUCAUCACUGUAAACCUUGACUGUCAUCACCUAAACUUCAACACCGUAUCAUCCCGACUUCUUAAACCAGUUAGUAUUGUAACCCCUUUAGUCCUUUUACCCUAAACCCGUUAUCCCUUUAAGUCCUCAGUGUCCUAACCUCUUAAAUCGAACCCGUAAACCCCCUUUUACCCUAACCCUGUUUUGGAACCAGAGCCACAGAUACACAGAGAGUUUGUUCAGGUCGGACGAUGAGCGUCCUGUGACUGCCUCUUCUCUAACAGGGUAUGUGAGCGGAGUGCACAGCUGCUUUUUAGAGAGCAGAAAUAAAUGAAAUAAUGUGACAUAUAUGAGGGUUAAAAAAAAAAAACAAGAAAAAAAUAUGAGUGAUGGUUGUUAUCGGAAAACUAUCAUUGAGAAAUUGUUUUGGAGAUGUUAAAUCCUGAUUUUGUUAAAGGUGAUGCCAUAUUUGUUACAGUGCACUAUUGUAAGGAGCACAGCAGUUCUAGUUAUAACUCUGUGGUCUCUAAAACCUUUUCUAGGAGUGAAUACAAAAAAAUAAGCAAACUUUCUCCCGCUGUUAAUUCACAUUUUAAAAUGUCUUAAUACUUCUCACAAAACUGAGGAACCUCCUGGAUAAUUUACCAAUACUACACAUCUGGUUGUGCUAUGGCUUUGUUUAUGAAGAAAAAAAUUUUUUUUAAUUUAAUUUUGUUUGUUAAAAUAGCACUAAGAUGCCAGAGCCAUGAAAUCUAAGUUAUAAUGUAGCAGGAACAAUUUAUUGUUGCGUUCAGAAACAAAACACUGCAACAUACUUGCAGUGUUUUAAUAAAUAACUGAUCCAAAAUCCAA